AUGCCUCGACUUCAUUAUCAUCUUGCAGUCCAAGCCUUCCUUCUCCUUCUUCUCUUCUCUUCCAUUGCUUCAGCAGCUAUCGUAGAACAUGUUUUCCAGGUCAAAAACGUAAUGGUGAAACCGUUGUGCAAGGAGCAAAUGAUACCCACUGUUAACGGAAGUCUUCCCGGUCCAACGAUAGACGUCAGAGAAGGAGACACUCUUGUGGUUCAUGUCAUUAACAACUCAACUUACAAUGUAACCAUCCACUGGCAUGGAGUGUUUCAAUUAAAGACGUCAUGGAUGGACGGUACGAAUAUGAUAACUCAGUGUCCGAUUCAACCAAAUAACAACUUUACAUAUCGAUUCAAUGUCACUGGACAAGAAGGUACGCUUUUAUGGCACGCACAUGUCGUUAACCUGCGAGCCACUCUUCACGGGGCUCUAAUUAUCCGUCCCCGAUCCGACCGUCCUUACCCUUUUCCUAAACCCUACAAGGAAGUUCCUCUCAUUCUUGAACAAUGGUGGAACACGGAUGUGGGGCUUCUCAAGUUACGACCAGCUCCCCUUUCCGAUUCUUACCUCAUCAAUGGCCUUGCCGGAGAUUCAUAUCCUUGUUCGAAGAACAGGAUGUUUACGCUCAAGGUGAUACAAGGAAAAACGUACUUGCUAAGGAUUAUAAACACGGCGCUCAACACACACCUCUUCUUCAAAAUAGCCAAUCACAACGUGACAGUUGUAGCUGUCGAUGCCGUCUACACGACGCCAUAUAUCAGCGACGUGAUGAUCUUAACGCCGGGACAAACCAUCGACGCACUUCUCACCGCCGACCAGCCCACCGGAUUGUACUACAUGGCCAUCAGCCCUUACAUUUCUGCACACCGGCAACCGUUCCCUGCUCAAUCAACCACAGCCCUAAUCAUCUACGAGGGCGCCACGUCAUCAUCAUCAUCUCAUGCAUCGAUACCUUCAAUGCCUGAAAUGAAUGAUAUACAAACGGCUCAUAGGUUCUCCUCGAACAUCACUGGUCUAGCAGGUGGACCUCACUGGACCCCAGUGCCUCACCACGUGGACGAGAGGAUGUUCAUAACAAUGGGGCUUGGCCUAGAAGCGUGCCCUACGGGCACUAAGUGUCCUGGAGAGUUAGGUCAACGAUAUGCUGGCUCUCUCAACAACCGCACUUUUGUGUAUCCGGAAACAAUUCCUUUGCAAGAAGCUUAUUUUUACAACAUCACUGGAAUCUACAACGACGAUUUUCCUGACCAGCCGCCGCUUAAAUUUGACUACAUAAAUUUCAAAGUUAACACCGAUCAUGACUACAAGAUGAUGUUCCCGGAAAGAAAGACUAGCGUCAAGACACUAAGAUUUAACUCCACGGUCGAGAUUGUUGUGCAAAACACAGGGAUCAUCACCACCGAGAGCCAUCCCAUGCACCUUCAUGGUUUCAACUUCUAUGUGUUGGGUUAUGGAUUUGGUAACUAUGAUCCAACCCACGAUGAAAGAAAGCUAAAUUUAGUUAAUCCGCAAAUGCGCAAUACUGUGGGUGUACCACCAGCUGGAUGGGUUGUCCUCAGAUUCAUCGCCAGUAAUCCUGGUGCAUGGAUGUUCCAUUGUCACAUGGAUGCACAUUUACCGUAUGGAAUUAUAAUGGUUUUCAUAGUUCAAAAUGGCCCGACUCCAGAAACGAGCUUGCUACCUCCGCCGUCAGAUAUUCCGCAAUGCUCUUGGGAUCCGAAGAUCUACGACUCUCCUACUACCAACAUUGAUUUGUCUUACUAG